CGACACCAACCAGCUCGCAAACAUAAGUCCCGCGACGCCCGGGCAAGAGCAGCACCGGUGAAGAGCGCUCCGCUGCCGUGCGCGCCCCCGCGCCGGCCUCCCACUGGAUCGCUCCACCUCAUGCUCCAAAUCUUUAUUGGUUUCCACGUUGCCCCCUCGCCGUCCCCAACCAUCGACCGCGCCGCGCCCGCUGCCGCCUCCCAGCUCGCUCUAUAUAAACACCACGUACGCGCCGAAGCAUCAGCACAGCCACGUACGUACGACCGGCUUCCGGCAGGUGAGAGAACAGUGAGAAGCAGGCGAGCGGUGACAUGGCGGAGGGGGAGUUCAAGCCCGCGGCGAUGCAGGUGGAGGCUCCUGCCGAGGCGGCGGCGGCGCCGUCCAAGCCGCGGUUCAGGAUGCCCGUCGACUCCGACAACAAGGCCACCGAGUUCUGGCUCUUCUCCUUCGCGAGGCCGCACAUGAGCGCCUUCCACAUGUCGUGGUUCUCCUUCUUCUGCUGCUUCCUCUCCACCUUCGCGGCGCCGCCGCUGCUCCCGCUCAUCCGGGACACGCUGGGGCUCACGGCCACGGACAUCGGCAACGCCGGGAUCGCCUCCGUGUCCGGCGCGGUCUUCGCGCGCGUGGCCAUGGGCACGGCGUGCGACCUGGUGGGCCCGCGCCUGGCGUCCGCGGCCAUCAUACUCCUCACCACGCCCGCCGUCUACUACUCCGCCGUCAUCGACUCCGCCUCGUCCUACCUGCUCGUGCGCUUCUUCACGGGCUUCUCGCUCGCGUCCUUCGUGUCCACGCAGUUCUGGAUGAGCUCCAUGUUCUCGCCGCCCAAGGUGGGGCUGGCCAACGGCGUCGCCGGGGGGUGGGGCAACCUCGGCGGCGGCGCCGUGCAGCUCAUCAUGCCGCUCGUGUUCGAGGCCAUCCGCAAGGCCGGGGCCACGCCGUUCACGGCGUGGCGCGUCGCCUUCUUCGUCCCGGGCCUGCUGCAGACGCUGUCGGCCGUCGCCGUGCUGGCGUUCGGCCAGGACAUGCCCGACGGCAACUACCGCAAGCUGCACAGGUCCGGCGACAUGCACAAGGACAGCUUCGGCAACGUGCUCCGCCACGCCGUCACCAACUACCGCGCCUGGAUCCUGGCGCUCACCUACGGAUACUGCUUCGGCGUGGAGCUCGCCGUGGACAACAUCGUCGCGCAGUACUUCUACGACCGCUUCGGCGUCAAGCUCAGCACCGCCGGCUUCAUCGCCGCCAGCUUCGGGAUGGCCAACAUCGUCUCCCGCCCCGGCGGCGGCCUCCUGUCGGACUGGCUCUCCAGCCGCUUCGGCAUGCGCGGCAGGCUGUGGGGCCUGUGGGUGGUGCAGACCAUCGGGGGCGUCCUCUGCGUCGUGCUCGGCGCCGUCGACUACUCCUUCGCCGCGUCCGUGGCCGUCAUGAUACUCUUCUCCAUGUUCGUGCAGGCGGCCUGCGGGCUCACCUUUGGCAUCGUCCCGUUCGUCUCCCGAAGGUCGCUGGGGCUCAUCUCCGGCAUGACCGGCGGCGGCGGCAACGUGGGCGCCGUGCUCACGCAGCUCAUCUUCUUCCACGGAUCCAAGUACAAGACGGAGACGGGGAUCAAGUACAUGGGGUUCAUGAUCAUCGCCUGCACGUUGCCCAUCACGCUCAUCUACUUCCCGCAGUGGGGCGGCAUGUUCCUGGGGCCGCGGCCCGGGGCGACGGCGGAGGACUACUACAACCGGGAGUGGACAGCGCACGAGUGCGACAAGGGUUUCAACACCGCGAGCGUACGCUUUGCGGAGAACAGCGUGCGGGAAGGGGGACGCUCGGGCAGCCAGUCCAAGCACACUACUGUGCCCGUCGAGUCCUCGCCGGCCGACGUGUGAAACACACACAAGCAUACGGUACUGCCCGUAUAAUCAGCGGUCCCUCCCGUGUCAGCAAAUCAUAUGUAGUGUUCCUAAGUCGUGAUGACUCCGUACGUGUGGUAAUUUCUGUGUGAAGGAAAAACCGGGGGUGAAUUUCAGCGAGGAGUGACAUUAUAAGCAGGGCUCGUUUGCAUACAUUAAUUCCACGUGGAAGGGUUUUCCCCUCUGGGCUUGUUUA